CAAUUAGUCAUCCUGGGGAAAUGAUUUAAAUCAUUCGGUCUUCUCUUAACCUUCUUGAGCAGCUUACCAACAUUUGAUUCGAUUUUACCGAUUUGAAUCGCUCUCAAUCCAUUUUCUUGUUAACCUCUUAUUCCCAAGUUAAUUCAUAACUUCAUCACCUUUUUAAAUCUCAUUCUGAUUUCUCUUGGGCAGCUCUGAACACUUCGUCAACAUUACACGCUGCGGUUAAGCUGAUCAAGCCCCUACUGCGUUUUAUAGAUUUGCCCGCGCCAUUCACGAUACUAGGUCACUACAGUCACCAAGCGCCAUCAUCUUCGCAAUUGGUCCAGUUUGUUUAAACUCCUGAAUCUGAGCGUUCUUCAUAAAUCGGUCGGAUCUCAUUUAUCCUUCUUGUUAGGCUUUCUUACAUCAUCUGCAUUCAGUCAAGUGCAAUAUGGGGCUCCUCAAGGAAGUGAUCGCCAAUUUACCCAGACUUCCCAAUCGCCAAGAACGACUAGCCAACAAAGCCGAAUCACCAAUAACCAUUUGUCGCAGAUUAUCAUGGAAACAAUGGUUCUAUUUCUUCGUGGGCUUUGCGGCGUGGCUAAUGGACGCCUUUGAUUUCUUUUCCGCCAGUCUUACGCUCGUACGACUGAGUGAACAAUUUGGAAAAGACGUUGAACAAAUCACCACCUCGAUCACCCUCACGCUACUUUUUCGUUCUGCGGGCGCAUUUGCGUUUGGGAUCAUAACAGAUCGAUAUGGUAGAAGAUGGCCUUUGGCAUUCAAUUUACUUUUUGUCUCGGUCCUUUCACUUGCUACUUCUUUUGUCAAUACCUUUCAACAAUUCCUCGCGGUCAGAUCUUUAUUUGGAAUCAUGAUGGGAGGAAUUUAUGGUAUGGCUGCUGCUACUGCCCUCGAGAAUAUGCCAAGCGAAGCGCGCGGUCUCUUCUCGGGUAUAUUGCAGCAAGGAUAUGCCGCCGGUUACCUGGUUGCUGCCUCUGUGAAUCUCACUCUUGUCUCAGACACGGACAACUGGCGUUCGAUCUUUUACUUGGGUUCAGGUCUCUCUUUUCUGGUCGCCAUCUUACGAAUGUGUUGUCCUGAAUCUGAGGUCUUCUUGAGGGCACGAGAAGAGGCCAAAAAGAACCCAGACCCAGAAGGUCGCUCGGCCUCAACUGUCUACCUUCAUUCCCUCAAAACAGCCCUUAGACUUCACUGGGGUCGAUUUAUCUUUGCAGUUCUUUUGAUGACUGGUUUCAAUUUCUUCUCUCAUGGCUCUCAGGAUCUUUAUCCUACCUACGCUCAAAUAUCUAAAGGCAUGACUCGUAAUCAGUCCUCAAUCCUGACCAUCAUUGGAAAUUGUGGCGCGAUUGUAGGAGGUUCAGUGGCCGGAUGGCUGUCACAAUUUCUUGGUCGUCGGCUAACUAUCAUCCUUAUGGCUCUAUGGGCUGGUGCCUUUAUCCCACUCUGGAUACUCCCCACUUCCUUCUCGGGACUUGCAGCCGGAGCAUUCUUCCUUCAAAUUGGUGUCCAGGGCGCGUGGGGUGUAAUUCCCAUUUACCUCAGCGAGAUCUCACCCCCAGCUUUUCGGGCUAUCUUCACUGGCUUGACCUAUCAGCUAGGUAAUAUGGUCAGUUCUGCGUCUUCUCAAAUAGAAGCCGCGGCAGGUAGAGCACAUCAAAUCCGUAACCGAGACGGAAGAAUGGUCGCCAAUUAUGCCUUUGUUCAAGCUGUUUUAAUCGGAACGGUUGCAGGAUAUAUCAUCAUCAUGAUUUCUCUAGGACAAGAGUUUAGAGGUCGUAAGUUUGAAGAAGAACCAACUGCUAUAGUCAAUAACAUGGGUGGAGAAAAUAUGAGCGAUCAAGAAAAAGAUCAAAUCACAGCGUUGGAAAAGGAUAAAGCAUAGUCUUGUUCUUCAAAAAUCAAAGAUUUCUUGUAAUCUGUUGAUUGAAUUUUUCUUUGAAUGAAUGAUUCAGGUCUAUCUUGAUUUUUGGCAUCUUAGUAUGUAGGUUUUUCUUACGUUGUGUUUUUUUUGGUCUCUCAUUUAGUUGCAGUCUUGAGAUUGUAUUAUAAUUAGUUAGGUUGAUGUUUUUCUAUCAAAUUAUUAGUUCAUUAUUAGUAUGAAGCAGAAGUGAUGAAUUUUACAAUCAGGAUUUUAUGUACAUUGUUUUAAUUAGGAAAAUCAUUGUUUUAAUGUUAUAUGAUUGUGUUGUGUUUUUUCCUACACAAUCUUCUAGAUAAAUUGCAAAAUAAUUAUUUUAUCUAAUUGAUCAUGAACCUAUCCUUGGAUUCCUUCUAGCAUU